AUGUCUGGCUCCAGUGCCCCGGCUAGCCGAGGCUUUGGGCUACUUUUCUCUUUGUCUCUACACCGCCUCUUGUUGAUGCUUCUAUUUUUGCUUGAGAUUUUGGCCAACAAACUUAACGUGCCACAGGUGUUGCUACCCUUCGGCCGAGAGCCAGGCCGGGUGCCCUUCCUCCUGGAGGCGCAGCGGGGCUGCUACACUUGGCAUUCCACUCAUCAUGAUGCAGUUACUGUUGAGCCUUUAUAUGAAAAUGGUACCUUGUGUUCCCAAAGAGCUGUACUCAUUGCUGAAUCUACCCAACCAAUACGCCUCAGCAGUAUUAUUCUUGCUCGAGAAAUAGUGACAGACCAUGAACUACGCUGUGAUGUUAAGGUUGAUGUGAUAGACAGCAUCGAAAUUGUGUCUCGAAGCCGGGAACUCUACGUAGAUGAUUCACCACUGGAACUGAUGGUGACGGCAUUGGAUGCUGAAGGAAAUACUUUUAGUAGUUUGGCAGGAAUGAUGUUUGAGUGGAGCAUUGCCCAGGAUAAUGAGUCAGCAAGAGAAGAACUAUCUAGCAAAAUGAGGAUUCUGAAAUACUCUGAAGCAGAAUAUUCUCCUCCAGUCUAUAUAGCUGAAAUGGAAAAAGAAGACAAACAAGGAGAUAUGAUUUUGGUGUCUGGGAUUAGAACUGGUGCUGCUAUUGUAAAAGUUCGAAUUCAUGAACCAUUCUAUAAGCAGAUCCUACCUACUCUUAUUUUAGCCCUGCUUCCUGACACAAUCUAACAACAUACCAUUAUCCACUGGAAUGACAUCUGUCAUUACAUUUAUGUAUCUUUCAUGUUUACAGAAGUGAAAUUUCCCCUGGAACAUUAUACACUGGAAUUGCAAGAUCAUAGAGUUGCACUUAAUGGGAUGCCUUCUGGGAAAGUGGCUUUACUGGAUGAGAAAACAGCCAUGGUGACUGCCUUCCAACUGGGCCAAACUAAUCUUGUCUUUGUCCAUAAAAAUGUUCAUAUGCGAUCUGUAUCUGGACUCCCAAAUUGCACCAUAUAUGUUGUACAGCCUGGAUUUUUAGGCUUUACUGUUCAACCUGGAGACCGAUGGAGUCUAGAGGUGGGACAGGUGUAUGUUAUUACAGUGGAAAUAUUUGAUAAAAGCAGCACAAAGGUCUAUAUUUCAGAUAAUCUCAGGAUUACAUACGACUUUCUAAAGGAUUACUUUGAAGAGCAAAUAACUACUGUGAAUGGAUCUUACCAUGUAGUAAAAGCCCUGAGAGAUGGUGUUGUGGUGAUAAACGCUUCCCUCACUUCCAUUAUGUCCCAGAAUACAAAUAUUCAGCCUAUGAAACGUCUAAUCAAACACCAGCAAGAAGUGAUGAUUUAUUUUCCCAUCAAGCUUACACCCAAUUUUCUGGCAUUUCCUCAUCAUCCUAUGGGAAUGGUAUAUCGUUAUAAAGUACAGGUAGAGGGUGGUAGUGGUAACUUCACCUGGACUUCUUCUAAUGAAACAGUGGUCAUGGUAACCACCAAAGGCGUGGUGACGGCAGGUCAGGUCAGGGGGAACACCACCGUUUUUGCCCGAGAUGUACAAAAUCCCUUUCGAUAUGGAGAAAUUAAGAUAUAUGUCCUGAAACUGAAAAAAAUGGAACUGUUACCAUUCCAUGCUGAUGUGGAGAUUGGCCAGAUUAUAGAAAUCCCCAUUGCAAUGUAUCACAUAAAUAAGGAGACCAAAGAGGCAAUUGCAUUCACAGACUGUUCUCAUUUAUCUUUGGAUUUGAACAUGGAUAAACAAGGAGUCUUUACUGUUUUCAAAGAAGGUAUUCAAAGACCUGGACCAAAGCACUGCUCCAGUACACAUAUAGCAGCCAAAUCUCUGGGCCAUACUCUGGUAACAGUGAGUGUGACUGAGUAUGAAGAGUACUUGGAGAGCAGUGCCACAUUUGCUGCUUAUGAACCCCUAAAGGCUCUAAACCCCGUGGAAGUGGCAUUGGUGACAUGGAAGUCUGUGAAGGAAAUGGUAUUUGAAGGGGGCCCUCAUCCCUGGAUCUUGGAGCCCUCCCGAUUUUUUUUGGAACUGAGUGUGGAGAAGAUGGAGAAGAUUGAAAUAACACAAGUCCGGCUGCCAGCUAAGAGAAAACAGAACCAGUACAUCUACCGAGUCCUGUGCCUGGAUUUAGGGGAACAAGUUCUCACAUUCCGAAUUGGAAAUCACCCAGGUGUCCUGAAUCCUUGUCCAGCUAUAGAGGUUGUGCAGGUGCACUUCUUAUGUGCCCAUCCUGCCAGUAUGUCAGUAACCCCGGUAUACAAGGUACCAGCUGGUGCCCAGCCAUGUCCUCUGCCACAGCACAACAAACAACUGAUUCCUAUAUCAAGCCUGAGGGACACAGUUCUGGAACUGGCAGUGUUUGAUCAACACAGAAGAAAGUUUGAUAAUUUCAGUUCACUAAUGCUAGAAUGGAAAUCCUCUAAUGAAACACUAGCCCAUUUUGAAGAUUAUAAGACAGCAGAGAUGGUAGCAAAAGAUGAUGGCAAUGGGCAAACCCGGUUACAUGGUCAUCAGGUCCUAAAAGUACAUCAAAUAAAAGGGAUUGUACUAAUUGGAGUCAAUUUUGUGGGCUAUUUAGAGAAGAAAAGCCCCAAGGAAAUUUCCAACUUGCCCAGAUCUGCAGCUGUGGAGCUGCUCCUGGUGGAUGAUGUGACUGUACUUCCUGAGAAUGCCACCAUCUAUAACCACCCUGAUGUGAAGGAAACAUUUAGCCUUGUGGAAGGAUCUGGUUAUUUUUUAGUCAAUAGCAGUGAGCAGGAUAUUGUUACCAUCAUUUACAUGGAAGCAGAAAGUGCUGUCCAGUUAGUUCCAGUACAUCCUGGAUUUCUCACUUUGGAGGUAUAUGAUCUUUGUUUAGCUUUCUUGGGUCCAGCAACGGCCCAUCUCAGUGUGUCAGACAUACAAGAACUGGAGCUUGAUCUUAUUGAUAAGGUUGAGAUCAGCAAAACUGUAUUAGUGACUGUGCGGGUUCUUGGCUCUUCCAAACGCCCAUUCCAAAAUAAAUACUUCAGAAACAUGGGGCUCAAACUACAGCUGGCUUCUGCCAUUGUCACCCUGACGCUAAUGGAGGAACAGGACGAAUACUCUGAAAACUACAUCCUUCGAGCUGUCACUAUUGGGCAAACCACACUUGUAGCUAUUGCCAGGGACAAGAUGGGGAGAAGAUACACAUCAGCUCCUCGGCAAAUUGAAGUGUUUCCUCCAUUCAGACUUGUUCCAGACAAAAUGACGCUAAUUCCAACUAACAUGAUGCAGGUAAUGUCUGAAGGUGGCCCACAGCCCCAAUCUAUCAUUCACUUCUCCAUCAGUAAUCAGACCGUGGCUGUUGUUAAUAGGAGGGGACAAAUUACAGGGAAGGUGGUUGGCACAGCUGUGGUCCAUGGCACCAUCCAGACGGUAAAUGAAGACACUGGCAAGGUCAUUGUAUUUUCCCAGGAUGAAGUACAUAUUGAAGUUGUCCAGCUAAGAGCUGUUCGGAUCCUUGCAGCUGCGACUAGACUUAUCACAGCUACUGAGAUGCCAGUUUAUGUCAUGGGAGUGACCAGUACCCAGACCCCUUUCUCCUUUAGCAAUGCCAACCCUGGGCUCACAUUCCACUGGUCCAUGAGCAAAAGGGACGUGCUGGAUCUAGUGCCUCGACAUUCAGAGGUUUUCCUACAGCUCCCACUGGAGAAUAACUUUGCCAUGGUUGUCCACACAAAAGCAGCUGGACGGACCACUAUUAAAGUCACUGUUCGCUGUAUGAACAGUUCCUCUGAGCAGUUUGAGGGGAAUUUCUUGGAACUGUCUGAUGAAGUUCAGAUCCUGGUAAGCACCCAAACCUAAAUCUUAUUUUUUUAUAAAGAUUGCUUAAGCCCCAAAAUUUUAAGUGCUGUGGCGUCACAGCUCACAGCUCACAGCUCACAGGAUGGAGCUGCCUUUGUGAGUUCUCGUGUUCUGAAGUGUUUCCCUAAUUCAUCCGUCAUUGAGGAGGAUGGUGAAGGGCUCCUAAAAGCUGGUUCCAUUGCAGGUACUGCCGUGUUGGAAGUCACUUCUAUUGAACCUUUUGGAGUCAACCAAACAACAAUAACUGGGAUUCAGGUAGCACCAGUGACAUACCUGCGAGUGAGCAGCCAGCCCAAGCUAUACACAGUCCAAGGAAGGACCUUGUCAGCCUUUCCCUUGGGCAUGUCUCUCACCUUCAUUGUUCAGUUUUAUAAUAGCAUCGGAGAGAAAUUCCAUACACAUAAUACCCAGCUUUAUCUGGCUCUGAACAGGGAUGACUUGCUGCUUAUUGGACCAGGGAAUAGGAACUAUACUUACAUAGCCCAGGCUGUGAACAGAGGGGUAACACUUGUGGGGCUAUGGGACCGGAGGCAUCCAGGCAUGGCAGAUUACAUCCCUGUUGCUGUAGAGCAUGCCAUUGAACCAGACACCAAGCUGACCUUCGUUGGAGAUGUCAUCUGCUUCAGCACUCACCUCAUCAGCCAGCAUGGUGAACCUGGAAUGUGGAUGAUUUCUGCUAACCAUGUUCUACAGACAGAUACUAUCACUGGGGUAGGAGUGGCCAGGAGUCCAGGAACUGCAACAAUUUUUCAUGACAUCCCAGGAGUAGUAAAAACAUACCGAGAGGUAGUGGUCAAUGCAUCAUCAAGAUUAACGCUCAGUUAUGACCUCAAGACUUACCUCACCAAUACACCCAAUUCAACUGUAUUCAAGCUCUUUAUCACAACUGGCAGAAGUGGUAUCAAUCUUAAAGAAAAGAUUAUAUGGUUCACAUUUUCUUUUGCUGUAUUUACAUGUGUUUUUCCUUCCUAUCCUGAUUCACUUGGCUCAGCAGAACCUCUGAACCUUCCUGGUCACUUUCCCCCCUUUUUUUCAGGGAUUUAUGUCUGCCUAAUCAAGGUUCGACUACAAUCAGAGGAGCUUCUCCAGGCCCUGAGCAUGGCUGACACCUCAGUAUAUGGGUGGGCCACUCUGGUCAGUGAACGCAGCAAGAAUGGAAUGCAAAGAAUCCUUAUUCCUUUCAUUCCUGGCUUUUACAUUAACCAAUCAGAAGUGGUUCUUAGCCACAAGCAAGACAUCGGUGAGAUAAGAAUAUUGGGAGUGGACAGAGUUCUUGAGAAGCUAGAGGUCUUCUCCAGCUCUCCGCUUCUAGUAGUCUCUGGCCGUAGACACUCUCCCCUUACUCCUGGCUUGGCCAUCUACUCUGUAAGAGUGGUCAACUUCACUUCCUUCCAGCAGCCAGCAUCACCUGUUUUCAUCAACAUUUCCUGUGUGCUCACCAGUCAAACUGAGGCAGUGGCAGUGAGAGCUACGAAGGAUAAGUCAGGUGCAGAUCAAUGUGAAGAUUCAACCAUCUUCAAGCGAUUCAUUGGUUCUUACCAGAUCCUCCUCUUUACCCUCUUUGCAGUGUUGGCAUCAACAGCUUUCAUCUUUCUAGCAUACAAUGCCUUCCUCAACAAGAUACAGACUAUUCCAAUUGUGUAUGUACCAACUCCAGGACCCCAGCCAGGUUCUUACACUUCCACAUAUUCUCCCCCUCCUUUCAUGAAUCCACAAGCCCCACUGGCCCAGAGUCGACUACAACACUGGUUAUGGAGUAUAAGACACUGAAUCUUGCUUAGACAAGUCCCCUUUAACUGCAGAGAAAUGGUGAUUUAUAGCUCUGAAAAAGGAACCUAGCAGCAAUCUAUGCUAAGCCUCUACAAACAAGACUUCUGAGAACUAUAAA